AUGUCUGGUCGUGGAAAGGGUGGGAAAGGUUUGGGAAAGGGAGGCGCCAAGAGGCACAGGAAGGUGCUCAGAGAUAACAUUCAAGGCAUCACAAAGCCUGCAAUUCGUAGAUUGGCUAGAAGAGGUGGCGUCAAGAGAAUCAGCGGUUUGAUCUAUGAAGAAACCAGAGGAGUGCUCAAGAUAUUCUUGGAGAACGUGAUUCGCGAUGCUGUGACCUACACUGAACACGCUAGGAGGAAGACUGUUACUGCCAUGGAUGUUGUUUAUGCUCUCAAGAGGCAGGGAAGGACCCUCUAUGGUUUUGGAGGCUGA